CAUCUAGUCGAAGCCGCUGCUGUGUAAUCGCAGGUAACUUUCUUACCAUAGCCUUCCGCAGCGCGACCUAGUGCAUGUAGUACUCUCGCGUUUUUUGACGAUUCCUUCCAGCGCCACCUUGGCCAUAGAGCUCAUUUUUUAAAUAGUCGUCGCUUUUCUUCAGACGACGUCAACGAUUGCGACCCAUCGCGGUUAAACGAGGCAAGUCCCUCAAAGGCGUUUGAAAUCGGACACCGCUAGCGUUUGAGGCCCUUACUCACUCUUGCGCGCGGAGGGAUACGUUGUUGCGUCUGACAAUGUGGACGGAGGAGGUGAAGAUGUCUACGAGAAGAAUGAAAUCAUCUCCUCACUUGUAACAACAAAAAACAGGAGAGGAAGACGCUGCGAGAUUACCGACUAGGAUAGAUUUGUUUGCACACGGACUCGACACACUGGAGCAAACAGUGGUGGACGCGGGUAGUUGAAGAAAGCGAGCUUCCCGGGACAAAGAGAGUGGGGGGAAAAGACGUCCACGGCGCUCCAAUGCGUCUCCUCAUGCGCUGAAAUUCUUCUAAACUUUUAUGUGUUUUUACCCCCCUUCGCCGCGUUUUCUUCACCGCUGUCGGAUAACCACACACUCGCAGAGGAGAGGGUUUGUUAGAGACUGAAGGUUAUGAACGAGCAGCAGCAAAGAAUGGCUGCAGUGGGAACUGACAAGGAACUCAGCGACCUCCUGGAUUUCAGCGCGAUGUUUGCGCCUCCAGUAGCCAACGGCAAGAACAGAACAAUGACCCUUGCAAGCAGUCAGUUCAGCGGCUCAGCACUUGAUGAGCGCAGCAGCUCUGGUUCCUGGGGUUCAGGGGAACAGAACAGUCCUUCCUUCAGCCAAGGACGGGGCUAUGGAGAAGGAGCCCACUACAGUGAACAUGAAGGCUUGUCCUCUCCUUUCAUAAGUUCAGGGAUCGCAGGUAAAAAUGAGAGGCCAUCGUACCCUCCCUUUGCAAACCAGCCUGGUUUUCUUCCGAGUGACAUUGCGAUGCCCAGCCCGGAUGCCAUGUCCCCCUCUGGCUUGAAGUCAGGCUCCCAGUUUUACCCAUCAUACCCAAACAAUCCCCGAAGGAGGCCGCCUGAUGGAAACUUGGACUCCCAGCCAAAGAAGAUUCGGAAACCCCCUGGCCUGCCUUCCUCGGUAUAUGCUUCUACAUCCGGUGAUGAAUAUGCCAGGGACAAUGGCGGCUAUUCUGGCAGUAAGCCCGGUGCUGUAUACCCAGGCUCUUUCUACAUGCAAGAAGACCCCUGGUCAUCUUCUGGCUACUCAGCCAUUUUGGGGAACUCCCCUCAUAUUGGACCACCAGGCUCCUUCUCAUCACUGAACCCACAAGAUAGGAUGAACUAUCCACUGCACAGCAGUGAAGUCAACGGCUUCCACAAUGCCCCCACCACCUACAACCACACGCCUGCCAUCAAUGGGGAGGCCAUCAUGACAGGCAACAGAGCCACCACAGCCGGCAGUUCUGGGGACGAAAUUGGCAAGGCUCUUGCUUCAAUUUAUCCAUCGGACCACAAUAGUAAUAACUUCUCCUCAGCUCCGUCAACACCAGGGUCUCCUCAGGGUAUUGCAGGAGCCCAGUCCCAGUGGCAAAGACCAACCACUCCCAGUUUUGAAGGGCAACCACAUGCACUGAGUAAAAUGGAGGACCGUUUGGAAGAGGCAAUACAUGUGCUGCGGAACCACGCUGUGGGCCAAGGACCCGGCUUAGACGGUGCCCACUCUGACAUGCACAGCCUGCUGUCCUCAGUUCACAACGGGGGCCUGGGAGGUCUCUCCCCAGCUUUUCCCAAUGCGAGCCUUGCUCUCAGCAACAGACAUCCUGCUAUGGGCGGGAAACAUGAGGAGCCCACUGGACUCCCUCCCAGCAGCACACUUCUGCACGGUCAUCAUGCGUCCGGGUCCACGCCGUCAGCCGGCCAGCCAGAAGGCUUCACCAGUCUAUCAGGUGGCAUGACGCGCUCCUCGCACUCCUCCAGCAGCUCGGACAUCAAAAGAGAGGACAAAGAGGACGAUGAAAACUCAUCCAUUGCAGACAAAUCUGAGGAGGAAAAGAAGGAUUCCAAAACAGCACGCAGUCGAACAAGAAAGGAGGCGUUGACCCUCCAGAUGCUCUCUGGCCUUUCAGACCAGAAAGAUGACUUCAUCACGGCUUCUCCUUCCAGCCAGGACAACGAAGAUGAUGAGGACCUCCCUCCUGAAGUGAAGAUGGAGCGUGAGAGGGAACGGCGAGUGGCCAACAAUGCCCGUGAGCGUCUGCGAGUACGGGACAUCAACGAGGCGUUCAAGGAGCUCGGGAGGAUGUGCCAGCUACAUCUCAGCCACGACAAACCACAGACCAAACUUCUCAUCCUGCACCAAGCAGUCAACGUCAUCCUCAAUCUAGAACAACAAGUCAGAGAGCGCAACCUGAACCCCAAGGCGGCGUGUUUAAAGCGACGUGAGGAGGAGAAAGUGUCUGGGGUGGUGGGCGACGCACCCAUGCAGCUCUCAGGAGGUCAUCCUAGUAUUGGAGGAGAUGGCCACAAUCCGGUUGGCCAUAUGUAACACCAGAUGUGAUGGUGUUUCCUUGGCUCCCAGUGGAUGUGGCCUUAACAGAUUUCACCAUCCGUUAACUGUGCAUGUGUGUGUGUAUAUGCGUGGACAUGUCUGUGUGUUGUCCAUUCAACUUUUAAGAUGCGCACGCACACACAUACACACAAACACACACAUGCAUACUGCCAAAACGGACACAGCCUGUCACACUCCCAACCAUGACGACAAGCUCAAAUGUGAAGAACUGUUUUUUGUUUGUUUUUUUUGCUUUGUUUUAUACAUGUACAAAAAGCCUUUUUGGACAUUUUGGUUUCCACAAUACGAUUGAAGACCAGAGAGCUUUUUUUUUGUUGUUGUUUUUGCCCUACCACAAAUUGGGACUUUUGACACACUGCCGAGAGGUUCUCUGGUGAACGGAAAGGAAGAAGAAAACACAAAUUGAAUCAAAGAUUUGUGCCUCAAUGUUACAUGUUUUCUGUUUCACAUUCAAGCAAAUUGCUUGACAUGUGAGGAACAUUUAUGGUGAGGGAUUGCUUAUAUGUAUGAGCAGUUAUUUUUUAAUGUAUGUCAUUCCCAGUGUGAUGGUACAGUCUUACAUAUGUUAUGUAACCAAGCCCAUAGUUGAAUUGCCUAAAAUCUUUUUUUGUUUUAAAUGAGCAUUUGUUCUGGGGGAGGACACAAAAUGAGAGGUUGGACAUUUCUUGAAAGAUGAGUGCUGGAGAUGGAGGUGGUGGGGGUUACAAAUUCAAGUGUUCUGUCAAAGUGUUUGCUGACUGGACAAAGCACAGCUAUGUAAGGUUGCAAGUUUGGUGUAGAAGCCCCCAAAAAAGGAAGCCAAUUGCACGCUUCUCUGCCAGCAGAUUUGAGGGCUCUCUGGUUUAUUUGCUCCUCUCCAAUAGAUAUAAAAAGUCAUUUUCCUUUGUGUUCUUUUCUGAAAACAAACGAGCAUUCCCACUGAAUUCGCGCCCCUUGCUUUCCUCCUCCUCCUCCUCCUCGUCCUCCUCUCCUAGCAGGAGAAAUGUUGACAUGUAAAUUCACUCCGUACAUACAAUACUCUUGAUAUGUUUCAUUUUUCAAAAUUUAAAUAUAUAUAAAAAUAUCUAUUUUUUGUUAGCCUAUACAUUGUAGAUUUUUUUUACAUAAAUGGCAAUAUUAGUUUGAAGUUUAGAGUGUAUUGUAGAUGAACUUUUACAAUGGGAUGUUUGACAUUUACAUGCGGGGUGGGGCAGAGGGUGGUUCAAAGGCUCAUGACAAACUGUUAAAGAGGAGGUGUUAAUUCCACUUUUAUUUGAAGAAAGCGUCAGCUACCCAGGUGAUUUAUUUUCUGAGGGUUUUUGGGGGGGGGGGCAUAUGUUGUGUGGCUGGGUCUGGGUUGUUUUUGGAACAGUAAUUAUGCAACUGUUUUUUUUUGUUUUUGAAUGUAGCCACCAUACUUCAUGUGGGUCGCCUUCAUUUUGUUUUCCCUCCUUGUCCCCCACUCCCAGUCAAUUUAGAGCAAGGUUGAUGGCUAAGCAGGAGAACAAACCAGUGUUAUUGUGAUGUUAUUUCCAUGUAAUGUUGUGAAUGUCUCUUACCAACAUGUAAUCACAAGUGGGAGGUAGAGCAUUUUGUGUUUAUUUUGUGUGUCAUAUAUAUAUAUAUAUAUAUAUAUAUAUAUAUAUAUAUAUAUAUAUAUAUAUCAAUAAUACAUUGUGACGAUGAAGAAGACGACCUAUACAAAUCAACAGUGUGGCCUUUUCAUCCUCAAGACUUAAACGAUGUCAUGAUGGGAGAGCGAUCGAUACCUUACCAGUGCCUGAACUUAUGGAUGUUUCAUUUAAGACAGUUUUUUGUAUUUCUUUUGUCAACCAUACCAUUUCAUUAUACAUGGAGAUUUAAAAAAAAAAAAAAAAGAGGUACUUGUUCAUUCCCCCACCCUCCCCUCUCCUAAAUGCUUUUUUCAAUUUUUCAGGAAGAAGUUUAAAUCAUAUAAAGAGAUUUUUUUUCUUUCAUUGUAUCUAGUUCAACAAAAAAAUAAAUAAAUGUUACGUAGAUCUUGUUUAGCUUUAUUGCUUUUGUUUUCUAAUGAUUAUGCGACUGGAUUAUAUUUGUCCAAACUGCUGUUUCAUGGGUCCAAGGCUCCCCCGCCCCCCAAACCCACCUCAAAAGGUGUUUGCUUUUGACUCUGACAUGCUUCAAUGUAAAGAUUUUUUUAAGUAGUUAGCUUUUUUUAAUGAAGCAUUUUCUGUAUUUUUGUGUGCAAGCUAUCUGCUGCACUGUCUCCAUGACAGUUUCACUUCUCACUUUUUGUUGUAUUUGAACAACUUUCUUGUAUUUCAAUUUAAUAUGGUUUGACUUCCUGAUUGCUUAACCUACGAUGCACUCUGGAUGAAAGGUGUCAACGGGCUUGGUGUACUUUUAGCAUAUGGCAUUAGUUUAAUUUUGAAUAUUUUCCUCAUAUCUUUGAGCACAAAAAAAGGAGGUGAGGAUGAAAUGACAUUCAUAAGACAGCCAUCAUCUUGUGUGGAAUGACUCCGGCAGGGCCCCCUCAGAGUGCCUCUCGAAAUAUAUAUAAAUAUAUAAAUAUGGUUGACAACUGUCCUGUAUAUAACAGUAAUGUAGCAAUAAAUGUUCAACUUUUAAUAACAUAUACCUUUUUUUUCUUGUCUUGGUUUUUGGGGGCUGGGAAAUUAUGUACAUUGAAAGAACAAUAAAGGAAAAAAAUUAACAGACU